AUGCCCCCAACACCAAAUCAAAGUCAAGCUCGCAGAAACCAAGGUCUGACAUUUAUCCAUGUCGACUUUCAGCAUGCGUCUGGGACGUCAAGGGCAGCACACCAUCAACUCCAGCACUACAGCCCUUCCACGCAUACCUCUGCCAGGGGCAUCUUUCUUCACUACAUAGUACCCCCACUGCGCACUGACUCGGACGCGCGUCCUCCAAGUGGACCAUCACCCUCAUUUUUGCCUCCAACAACACUCCCAGUGCCUCCGAGUCCUGUAGGACUGUCAUUCACCCACCCAAUUCCACCCCCAUCCACCCACAUAACUCCACCCCCAUCCACCAACAUAACUCCACCUCCAUCCAACCAUCCAACUCCACCCCCAUCCUCACCGCUACAAAUCUCGUUCCCAUCCAAGUCAGCGUUGACCAUGGGCCAAGACCUUGAGUUUGUGAGAGAGUUACAAAAGCGGCUGGCACUGGUUCUGUGGGACCAGGAAAAUGAGGAGAUUUGGGAGGAUUGCAUACAAUUUCCUUCAGGAUGA